UUGAUUAUGAAAAUGGCCGACAGUGUAAUGUCGUAGUCAUGAGUAAAACAGUACUACUUCGGUCGAUUUAUUAGUCAAAUAUAGAAAUUCGUUUGGAAAACUUCCCGUGAUUAAAUUCAACUGGAUAUUUUAUGUAAAUUGAGUAUCAAACAAAAAUGGCACUCGAAAGGGCAAAGUGUGUGCCCACUCCGCUGCAGAGCUGCAGCAAGACGAGGGGUCUGCCGGGUCUGCCCCCGCUUCCACAUACAAUUAAGGAGCCCUCUGACCUCUACAAGAUUGUGUUGAGGAACAGUGAGCACCCUCCAAUUAUGAAGGGAACAUCUUGGACCCUUGCAGCCCCUUUUAAGGAGCAGAAGUUCCACCGAACCCCUAGCGAAUCCAUCGCAAACAACUACACACCAUCGGCCUGUGAUCUCAAGAUGAAGGACUUGCCAAAGCUGCAGAGACCAAAACUCAAAAACAACCUGAAUGGCAGUGUACAGAGCCCACGAAAUGUGAGCAGGGCCAAAACCAGCAUGGAAAAAAUGAAUGGAAAACGAGCCAAUGGACAUGCCAAUGGACAUGAGGAGGGCUUGUCCCCUGAGCUUGAGGAGGUUGAGGAGAUGCCGCCCAGCCGCCCACUUACACCCAAUGAGCAGAUGGACAUCAUGCGCUCCAUAGAGACUGAGGAUGACAUUCAGACAGGCCUUCCAACAGACAGAGAUCUUGAGAGGUACUACUACUAUAUACAAAGGGGUAUAGACAGGUCCAUGAUUGCAAUGCCUGACCCAAGUAUGAUGAAGAAUGUGUGCAGCCUGGUUCCCAGUCCCCUCCUCACAAACACAGAGCUCGACCCAUUGGUCCAAGACCUCUCUGAGGAAAUCAGCCACGACUAUGAGUACAGCAUCAGGAAAUCUAUAGUGGAUUACAUUUUAAAAGACCCUGAAGAAAAAUCACGACUUCACAUUGCCACUGUGCCAAAAUCCUUCCCACAAAGGAUCAUACGUGCCCCUGUACCAUGGCACGGGACGUUUCUACAGCUGCGGGAAUACAACAAGACACACCUGUUCAUCACAAAUCCCAUCAUGCAACUGCUCCAGAAUGUCUGGUUCGACCAGUUCUCCUCUCUGCGGUUUAUUCUGAAGGAGCUGGCCUUGGUGGACAUGCCACUGCUCCCUGCAGAGUUUGAGUCCCUCAUCAGAAAGCAGUGCUGGGAUGCACAUGAGGUCCUCAGGAAAUCGUGGAUUCCGACAUGUGCCAAGGUGUUCCAUGAGUAUGCAGACCACUGGCAGUACCUUGUGGGACCAAACGACAAUGACAACAUGGAGCUGGUUGAGGAAUUUUUCUCUGCCAUUGCUGCUGUCAUGUCCGGCCAGCUCCGCAGCAUGGUCAUCAACUCCCUAGCAGACUUUCUACAGUUCUUUCAAACACACGCUGCUGGUAAUGACUAUGGUGACGUGUUUGAUGAGCUGCGUUACGUGAUGCCCCAGAUAAUGAUUAUCAAGCUGCGGGUGGAGGAGCCCAAAAUCGUGUUUGACCCGCCCUUCAAGGAGAUACGAGACAUCAUCCUCCGCUGCUUCUCAGAGAUUAUUGCCUCUGCUGAGGGUCUUAUGAGGGUUGAGUGCCAGCUGUUCCCGGACAUGCGAGGCCAGAAGUUGCUUCUUCGCUCCGUCAAGAUUGAUGAGGCCCUUGUGGCAGACUACGUAGACAAGUCCAUGGAAAUCUUCAAGUUGAACACCACUGGGCCUCAGAAAUACCUGACCACCUACAGGAAGUACCUGGAGCUGCUCAACAACAAAGCAGAGCAGGACGUCUCUUCCUUCCUCCGCGAGUCACACUCCAUUGCAGCUUUCAAAUCUAAGAUCAACAGUUUCCAGGACCUGAAGGAUGAGAUCGCCCUGCUGCGGAUCACGGUGCCCCUAUCCAUGUUCUGCCUCGACUGUGUCGCCCUCAACCAGGAUCUGGUUGCACGUGCAGAGAAACUCAAACAGAGGCUUAUCACCUUUGAGAUCGAUGAAAACAGGGAACUGAACAAAAAUAUCUGCAAGCGUUAUGACGAGAUGGCGAACCGUGUAAGUGAGGUGCCAGACAACACUAUCAGCCUUGUGGAAACACAGGAGUAUUUGAAACAGUCUACAGACAAGACCCAGCUAGCGCUGAAGGAGGAGACCGUGGAUUGUGCUGAGAGACUCAUGUACCUGCUAGACUACGCCAUAUUUCCCAAUGAGGACAUCAAGCUUAACAGCCAAGUGUUCCACUGGCCUGAGAACAUCAAGGCAGUGUUUGAGCUGUCUCAGAACCGCAUUCUGUCCAAGCGUGAGCACAUCGAGGAGGAGCUGAGACAGAGAACAAAGGCGUACGAGGACAGGCUUGGCGAUAUGAUGAAGGAGGUGGAAGGAUUCAAGAGGAAAGAGUUCAUGUCCCAGGAUGAAAUGAAGAGUAACGUGGAGGUGUUAGCGCGUCUCCAGGCUGGUCUGGAGCAGGCACGGGAUGACCUUGAGGGCAUCAAUGAGGAGGAGCGCCUCCUGGAGUGGGAACAGAGCUUCUUCCCGCAGCUACAGCAGAUGUUCACUAUGAAGGAGCCGUACGACAAGCUCUGGAACACUGCUUGGACCUUCCACCAAAAACAUGAGAACUGGAUGAAUGGUGCAUUCACAAGUUUGAAUGCAGAGGAAAUAGAGAACGAGGUUGGUGACAUGUGGAGGACAUUGUACAAGCUCACAAAGACCUUCAGCGACCAGGCUGGGCCGCGCCGUAUAGCAGAUAGUGUGAAGGGAAAAAUAGACAAAUUCAAGCAACAUUUGCCUAUACUUCACACUAUUUGUAACCCUGGUAUCAGAGAUCGUCACUGGACAGCGAUGAGCGACAUUGUUGGGUUUGAUCUGAAGCCUCAGCCAGAAACAUCUCUCAGCAACAUGCUCGAGUACGGCCUCAACAAACACCUACAAAAGCUGGAGGAGAUCGGUGCGGCAGCUGCCAAGGAGUACUCCCUUGAGAAGGCACUCGAGAAGAUGAAGUUUGAGUGGAAGGACAUGUGCUUUGAACUUAUACCUUACAGGGAAACGGGUGUGUCGAUCCUGUCAGGUAUAGAUGACAUCCAGCUGCUGCUGGACGACCAUGUGGUGAAGGCCCAGACAAUGCGGGGCUCGCCAUUCAUCAAGCCGUUUGAGACAGAGAUGAGGGAGUGGGAGGAGAAACUCAUCUCUAUGCAGGACAUCAUUGACGAGUGGCUCAAGUGCCAGGCGACAUGGUUGUACCUAGAACCCAUCUUUAGCUCAGAAGACAUCAUGGCUCAGAUGCCAGAGGAGGGCCGCAAGUUUGGCAUUGUUGACAGCAUCUGGCGCGAUCUGAUGACUGAAGCAUGCAAGGACAACCACUGUCUGGCUGCCACGGACCAGCAGAACAUGUUGGGCAGGCUCAGGGAGGCCAACGUCCUACUGGAGGAGAUUCAGAAGGGCCUCAAUGCCUAUCUUGAAAAGAAACGACUCUACUUCCCCAGGUUCUUUUUCCUGUCCAAUGAUGAACUGCUCGAGAUCCUGUCUGAAACAAAGGACCCACUGCGCGUCCAGCCCCACUUGAAGAAGUGCUUUGAAGGCAUCAGCAAGCUCGAGUUCUCUGACCAGCAGGAGAUCCUCGGCAUGAUAUCUGCAGAGAAGGAAACUGUGCCCUUUAACACCAAGAUCUUCCCGGCUAAAGCAAAAGGUAUGGUUGAGAAGUGGCUGCUGCAGGUGGAGGAUGUGAUGAUCAGCUCCUUGCGCACUGUGAUCAUCAACUCUAAGGACGUGUACCUGAAGACCCCCCGUAAUCAGUGGGUGCUGCAGUGGCCUGGCCAGGUUGUACUCUGUGUCAGCUCCAUAUUCUGGACCUCAGAGGUUGUCGAGGCCAUGGAGAAUGGACAGAAGGGGAUGGAGAGUUACUUGAAGAAGCUGAAUGGUCAGAUUGACGGAAUUGUGGAGCUGGUACGAGGCAAGCUGGAGAGUGGGCACAGAGUCACCAUGGGCGCUCUUACUGUACUCGAUGUACACGCCAGAGACACAAUUGCUGAUCUGGUAAAGAAGCAGGUGGUUAGCCCACUGGAGUUUGAUUGGCUGGCACAGCUGCGUUACUAUUGGCGGGAUGAUGUGAUUGUCAGCAUGAUCACCACCGAUAUCAACUACGGUUAUGAGUACCUGGGCAACACACCAAGGCUUGUCAUCACACCUCUCACAGACAGAUGCUAUAGAACCCUGAUGGGAGCAUUGAAGCUGAACUUGGGUGGAGCCCCGGAGGGCCCAGCUGGUACCGGGAAGACUGAAACCUGCAAGGAUCUUGCCAAGGCCGUCGCCAAACAGUGUGUGGUGUUUAACUGCUCAGAUGGUCUCGACUUCAAGGCCAUGGGCAAGUUCUUCAAGGGUCUCGCACAGGCUGGUGCCUGGGCCUGCUUUGAUGAGUUCAACAGGAUUGAGCUGGAGGUGUUGUCAGUGGUGGCACAGCAGAUUGCCAGUAUCCAGCGUGCAGUCGCCGCCAACCUAAAGAGGUUUGUGUUUGAGGGGACAGAGCUUGCCCUCAAUCCAACCUGCACACUCUUCAUCACCAUGAACCCCGGGUACGCGGGACGUCAAGAACUCCCUGAUAACCUCAAGGUGUUGUUCCGGACGGUGGCCAUGAUGGUGCCAGACUAUGCCAUGAUUGGUGAAAUCUCCCUAUACUCCAUGGGAUUUGUGGAUGCCAGAAGUUUGGCAGGUAAGAUUGUAGCGACGUACCGACUGUGCUCGGAGCAGCUGUCAUCCCAGCACCACUAUGACUAUGGAAUGCGAGCUGUGAAAUCUGUACUCACAGCAGCCGGGAACCUCAAGCUGAAGUUCCCGGAGGAGGAUGAGGCUGUGCUGCUUCUCAAAGCCAUCAUGGACGUCAACCUACCCAAGUUCUUAGCUCAAGAUGUGCCACUGUUUGAGGGUAUCAUCUCUGACUUGUUCCCGGGUGUGGUAUGCCCCAAGCCUGACUACGGUGUGUUUAUGGAGGCUCUCAAGGACAACAUUGCCAAACGCAAGCUACAGCCCGUACCCUGGUUCCUUGAAAAAAUCAUUCAGGUAUAUGAGAUGAUCCUGGUCCGUCAUGGGCUGAUGGUGGUUGGGGAACCCCUAGGUGGGAAGACCCAGGCUUGGCAGGUGCUUGGUGACGGCCUCUCAGACCUGUGUGUGGCUGGCCUGUACCCAGAAUUCAAGACCCAGUACCGCAUUCUCAACCCCAAGGCCAUCACCAUGGGCCAGCUUUAUGGAUGUUUUGACCCGGUAUCACACGAGUGGACAGAUGGAGUGCUGGCAAACACAUUUAGAGAAUACGCCAGCAACCCAAAUGAGGACAGGAAAUGGAUUCUCUUUGAUGGCCCGGUUGAUGCUGUCUGGAUUGAGAACAUGAACACUGUACUGGAUGACAACAAAAAGUUGUGUCUGAUGAGUGGGGAGAUUAUCCAGAUGAGUAACCAGAUGAACCUGAUAUUUGAGGCCGCAGACUUGGAGCAGGCGUCACCCGCCACCGUGUCCCGUGUUGGCAUGAUCUACCUGGAGCCUCACCAGAUGGGCUGGAAACCACUUAAAAACUCCUACAUGCAGCAUACCCUACCAAAGGGUUUGAGUGAGGAGCAGCUGGGCCUGGUCGAUGACCUGUUUGAGUGGCUGGUGGACCCAUGCCUGUACUUCAUCAGGAAGAACUGUCGCACCUUCAUCACUACCUCGGAGAUGCAUCUGGUGCAGUCCAUGAUGCGGCUGUACACGUGUCUCAUGGAUGAAAUCUUUGCCACCCUGGAAAAUGCAGGCAAGGAGGAGGAGGAAGAGGGUCAACAUCAAGGCCUCUCCGCACAACAGGUGACGCUGUACCUGCAAGGUCUGUUCCUGUUCUCUCUUAUCUGGUCCAUUGGAGCAACACUCAUGGGUGACAGCAGGAAGAAGUUUGACGUCUUCUUCAGAAACAUCAUCAAUGGCACUGACGAUAACCACCCCAAACCUAAGAGUAUAAAAAUAACUAAGAGUAACACAAUUCCUGAACGUGGGACCAUCUAUGACUUCUGCUUUGAGAAAAAGGCCUCUGGUCAGUGGAUUGACUGGAUGGACACAGUGGACAGGAGCUCUCUGGCUGUAGCUGCUGAUGCUAAGAUUGGUGACCUGAUUAUCCAGACAAAUGAGACAGCGCGUCAGAGUUUCUUCUUGCACACGUUCAUUUCACACGAGACGCCUGUGCUGUUUGUUGGCCCCACGGGAACGGGCAAGUCUGCCAUCACAAACAGCCAUCUCCUCGGCCUACCCAAAGACCAGUAUGUACCAAACAUGAUCAACUUCUCUGCCCGCACAUCGGCCAACCAGACCCAGGACAUCAUCAUGUCCAAACUGGACCGACGUCGUAAGGGAGUGUUUGGCCCUCCCAUGGGUAAGAAGUCUGUGGUGUUUGUGGAUGACCUAAACAUGCCUGGGAAGGAGAAGUAUGGAGCCCAGCCACCCAUAGAGCUGCUUCGACAGUGGCAGGACCACGGCCACUGGUAUGACAGGAAGGACACAUCCAAACUCUUCAUUGUUGAUGUGUUGCUGGUUGCCGCCAUGGGCCCUCCAGGAGGAGGCAGAAACGACAUCACAGGUCGGUUCACACGCCAUCUCAACAUAGUUUCCAUCGAUGAGUUUGAUGAUGCCACUCUCACUCGGAUAUUCACAAACAUCACGGACUGGCAUUUUGCCAAGGGAUUUGAAGGAUCAUUUGUCAGGAAUGGCAAGUUGCUGGUACAGGCCACUAUGGGUGUGUACAAGGAUGCUAUCGACAACUUCCUGCCAACCCCGACAAAGAGUCACUAUGUGUUUAACCUGCGUGACUUUGCCCGUGUAAUCCGGGGUGUGCUGCUGGUGCCCCCAACCUGCAUGACAGAGACUGACAAACUCAUGAAGCUCUGGGUGCAUGAGGUGUACAGAGUGUUUUAUGACCGUCUUACAGACCAUGAAGAUAGGGAGAAGUUUUUCUCGAUUGUGAAGGAGCAGUGUCAGAAUCACUUCAAGCAGAACAUAGACAAGGUACUGGGUCACCUAUCGCGGAGUGGCACGGUGGUGGAUGACAACGUUCGCUCUCUCUUCUUCGGGGACUACAUGGCAACUGGCGACAGCCGUGCCUAUGAUGAGGUCACUGACUUCAAGGAGCUCACAUCCACCAUGGAGAAUUAUCUGGAUGAGUAUAACAUGAUUAGCAAGGCGCCUAUGCACCUGGUCAUGUUCAAGUUCGCCAUUGAGCAUAUCUCCCGUGUAUCUCGUGUAUUGCUUCAGGACAAUGGACACGCUCUGCUUGUUGGUAUUGGUGGCAGUGGUCGUCAGAGUGCUGCCAAGCUGGCUGCAUUCAUGGCAGACUAUGAACUGUACCAGAUAGAGAUCACCAGGAACUACACAGCCUCAGAGUGGAGGGAGGACAUUAAAAAGUUGUUCCUGAAGACCGGCAGUGAGGGCAAGCAGACGGUGUUCCUGUUUGCAGACACUCAGAUCAAGGAUGAGUCGUUCAUGGAGGACAUCAGUAUGAUCCUGAACACGGGUGACGUACCCAACCUGUUUGCCCAGGACGAGAAGGCUGAACUCAUAGAAAAGAUGCAGGCAGUUGCCAGACAGGAGGAGAAAUAUUCAAUGGGUGGAGGUAAGAAAAUGGAAGCAACCCCUCUGGCAAUGUACAACUACUUCAUUGACCGAGUGCGUCAGAACCUUCACGUGGUGCUUGCAAUGUCGCCGAUUGGUGACUCAUUCAGGAACAGGCUGAGAAUGUUCCCAUCCCUUAUCAACUGCUGCACAAUCGAUUGGUUCCAGUCAUGGCCCUCUGAUGCCCUGGAGAUGGUGGCAAACAAGUUCCUGGAGGACGUUGAGCUGGAGGACCAGGUUCGUGCUGGCGUCAUCUCCAUGUGUAAGAUGUUUCAUGAGAGCGUCUUCAAACUCUCAGAGAACUUCUAUGACUUGCUCCGCAGACACAACUAUGUCACUCCGACCUCAUACCUGGAGCUGAUUCUCACCUUUAAGAAGCUUUUACAAAUCAAGCGGGACAAUCUGAUGAUGCUGAGGAACCGCUACUUGACAGGUUUGGAGAAACUUCAAUUUGCGGCAUCACAGGUGUCAGUGAUGCAGAAAGAGCUGCAGGACCUCCAGCCAGAGCUGAUCAAGACAUCAGCGGAGACAGAGAAACUCAUGAUUAAGAUAGAACAGGACACUGUUGAAGUGGAGGCCAAGAAAGAGGUUGUCUCAGCAGAUGAGGCAAUAGCUAACGAGGCUGCUGCAGCUGCCCAGGCCAUCAAGGACGAGUGUGAGGGUGACCUUGCUGAGGCCAUUCCCGCCCUCGAGGCUGCCAUACAGGCCCUCAACACACUUAAACCAUCAGACAUCACUUUAGUUAAAUCCAUGAAGAACCCUCCAGCGUUGAUCAAGCUGGUUAUGGAGUCUAUCUGUGUGAUGUUGAACAUGAAGUCAGAGAGGAAGCCUGACCCCAGCGGUUCCGGCAAGAUGAUUGAGGACUAUUGGGGACCGUCACAGAAACUUCUGGGUGACAUGAAGUUCCUUGAGAAACUCAAAACUUAUGACAAAGACAAUAUCGCUCCUGCAAUCAUCAAGAAAAUCAGAGCCACGUACAUUCCCAACCCAGAGUUUGAGCCAAACAUCAUUAAGAAUGCCUCAAUGGCUUGCGAGGGCCUGUGUAGGUGGGUGAAGGCUAUGGAUAUCUAUGAUAGGGUUGCAAAGGUCGUGGCUCCCAAGAAGAUAAAGUUGGCAGAGGCCCAGGGGGAGCUGUCUGUUCAGAUGGACAAACUAAACGAAAAACGCGGCCAGCUCAAGGAAGUGACAGACAAAUUGCAAGCUCUCAAUGACGAGUUUGAAGUGAUGACAAAGAAGAAGAAGGAACUUGAGGCCAAUAUUGAUCUAUGUUCUAAGAAGCUUGACAGGGCAGAGAAGCUGAUUGGUGGUCUGGGUGGUGAGAAGGACAGAUGGACAGAUGCAGCUAAGACCCUAGGAGAGAAGUACCACAAUAUCACUGGUGAUGUCCUGUUGUCUUCGGGUGUGGUCGCCUACCUGGGAGCAUUCACUGUAGAGUUCAGAAAUGACAUCAUCAGAGAUUGGCUUGCAGAAUGUUCAAAGAACAACAUCCCCUGCUCAGCUGUGUUCUCCAUGAACCAGACCUUGGGAGAGCCUGUCAAGAUCCGUGCCUGGAACAUUGCUGGGCUCCCCGUUGACAACUUCAGUAUUGACAAUGGUAUAAUUGUCCACAACUCCCGUAGAUGGCCUCUCCUGAUUGACCCCCAGGGCCAGGCAAACAAAUGGGUAAAAAACAUGGAGAGAGAGAACAAGCUAGGAGUGAUCAAGCUUUCGGAUUCCAACUAUCUCAGAUCCCUGGAGAACGCCAUACAGUUUGGCUCCCCCAUCCUGAUUGAGAAUGUGGCGGAGGAGCUGGACCCAAUCCUUGAACCAGUGCUACAGAAGUUAACAUUCCGACAGCAGGGUGUGGACUACAUCAAGCUAGGAGACAGUGUGAUUGAGUACUCCAAGGACUUCAGGCUCUACAUCACCACUGGCCUCAGAAACCCCCAUUACCUGCCGGAAGUUGCUGUCAAGGUGUGCCUGGUGAACUUCAUGAUCACACCCCAGGGCCUGGAGGACCAGUUGCUGGGUAUCGUGGCCGCCAAGGAGAAGCCUGAACUGGAGGAGAAGAAGAAUGAGCUCAUCCUUGAGUCUGCCGCCAACCAGAAACAGCUGAAGGAGAUUGAGGACAAGAUCCUGGAGGUCCUCUCCAGCUCACAGGGCAACAUUUUGGAGGAUGAAACAGCCAUCAAGGUCCUGUCCUCGUCCAAGGUACUAUCGGAGGAGAUUGCAGCAAAGCAGGAAAUUGCCAUGCAGACGGAGGUGAUGAUUGAUGAGACAAGGAACGGCUACAAGCCGGUAGCCAUCCACUCCUCUAUCCUGUUCUUCUGUAUCUCAGACUUGGCCAACAUAGAGCCCAUGUACCAGUACUCUCUCACAUGGUUCAUCAACCUGUAUCUGCAGUCAAUCAUGAACAGCCAGCCAUCAAAUGAGCUAGAAGAGAGGAUCUUCAACCUGAAUGACCACUUCACCAACAGUAUUUACAAGAACGUGUGCCGAUCCCUCUUUGAGAAGGACAAGCUCCUCUUUUCCUUCAUCCUCUGUGUCAACAUCCUCAAGGGACAAGCACAAAUGAGCGGGGGUCGUGUUGAUGAGGAUGUGUGGCGGUUCCUGCUGACAGGAGGCGUGGCCCUGGAUAAUCCCCACCCCAACCCUGCGGCAGAGUGGCUUACUGAGAAGGCCUGGGGAGAGCUUGUCCGUGCCUCAAGCUUGCCUGCACUCAAGGGGCUAUUCCAGAAUGUGAGUAGCAAUCCAGGAAGCUGGAAGAAAAUGUAUGACUCUCCUACUCCACAGAAUGAGAAAUACCCUAGCCCUUAUGACAUCCUACAGGGAAUGGACAAGAUGGUGGUCCUACGUUGCUUCAGGCCAGACAAGAUUGUGCCGGCAGUACAGGAGUUCAUUGUGAACAAUCUUGGCCAGUCGUAUAUUGAGCCCCCAACCUUUGACCUGCCCGGAUCAUUUGCAGACUCCAACUGUUGUGCCCCACUAAUCUUUGUUCUGUCCCCUGGUGCUGACCCGAUGGCGGCCCUCCUGAAGUUCGCUGAAGACCGCGGACUGAGCCAGGCUAAGGGUGAAGUACAGACCAUCUCCCUUGGGCAGGGACAGGGUCCUAUAGCUGCCAAGAUGAUAGAGAAGGCAAUCAAGGAUGGUACGUGGGUGGUUCUACAGAACUGCCACCUUGCCACUUCCUGGAUGCCCAAGCUGGAGAAGAUAUGUGAGGAGGUGAUCCGCCCUGACACGACCCACGAGAACUUCCGUCUGUGGCUCACCAGCUACCCCUCAGACAAGUUCCCUGUCUCCAUACUCCAGAAUGGUGUGAAGAUGACCAAUGAGCCGCCUAAGGGUCUUAAGUCGAACCUGCUGAGGUCAUACCUAAAUGACCCCAUCUCGGACAUGAACUUCUUCAAUGGAUGUGACAAGCCUCCCCGUUUCCACAAAAUGUUGAUGGGCCUGUGUUUCUUCCACGCUAUGGUCCAGGAGCGCCGAAAGUUUGGUCCACUCGGCUGGAACAUUCCUUACGAGUUCAACGAGUCAGAUCUAAGAAUCUCGCUUAGGCAGAUGCUGAUGUUCCUGAAUGACUAUGAGGAGCUACCCCUGCAGGCUCUUUCUUACCUGACUGGAGAGUGUAACUAUGGAGGGCGUGUCACAGACGACAAGGACCGGCGACUCCUCAAUGCUCUUCUCUCUAUCUGCUACAACAGGCAGAUUGUGAAUGAUGACAAUUACAGGUUCUCUGAGAGUGGGCUCUACUUUGCCCCACCAGAUACAACCUACCAGGGCUACAUUGACUACAUCCGCUCCCUCCCCCUUAAUCCAACCCCUGAGGUGUUUGGUCUCCAUGACAAUGCUGACAUCACCAAGGACAACCAGGAAACACAAAUAUUGUUUGAAAGUAUCCUGCUGACCCUUCCCCGCCAGAGUGGCAAGGGUGGCAAAUCUGCUGGUGACGUCAUCCGUGAGUUGUCUGCUGACAUCCUAGAGAAGCUUCCUCCAGACUUUGACAUUGAAAUGGUAAUCAAGAAGUACCCAGUGGUGUACAAUGAGUCGAUGAACACUGUGCUGCGUCAGGAGCUGAUCCGCUUCAACCGGCUGACUGCGGUGGUGCGCACUUCACUGAUCAACCUGCAGAAGGCCAUCAAGGGUCUGGUUGUCAUGUCUGCAGAGUUGGAGGAGGUGUUCACCUCUAUGAUGAUAGGGAAAGUGCCAGCAAUGUGGGCCUCCAAGUCCUACCCAUCCCUGAAACCGCUUGGCAGCUAUGUCACUGAUCUGCUACAGAGGUUAAAGUUCUUCAAUGACUGGAUAGACGUCGGAGCACCGGACACCUUCUGGCUGUCUGGAUUCUACUUCACCCAGUCCUUCCUCACUGGUGUUGCCCAGAACUAUGCCCGAAAAUACACAAUCCCUAUAGACACAGUGGGAUUUGAGUUUGACGUGAUGGGAGAUAAUCGUGAAGAACUCAAGAAACCUGAAGAUGGCUGCUACUGCUAUGGACUGUUCCUGGAGGGAGCUCGCUGGGAUCGCGAAACCAAGAAUAUUGGAGAGUCACUGUCGAAGAUCCUGUUUGACUCGAUGCCAGUCAUCUGGUACCGCCCCAAUGAAAUGUCCAAGUUCUCGGAAAAACCAAUCUACAAAUGUCCCGUGUACAAGACAACGGCCCGUCGCGGUGUGCUGUCCACCACUGGACACUCCACUAACUUUGUGCUGUACAUUGACAUUCCCUCUGAUAAGCCACAGUCUCACUGGAUCAACCGCGGAGUGGCCGCUCUCUGUCAGCUGGAUGACUAGAAUCUACAUGUAAACUUAAAUAAUGACUUAAUUUAAGAUAAUUAUUGGAAUGGACUAUCAUGAUUGGAUAUUGGAUAAAAAUGUCAAUAAGAUCCACUUUAUGUUGUGUAAAACAAGUCUUACUAGUUAAGUUAUUUGAAUAUGUAUAUGUAAUUUAAACUUUGCAUUUGUUUUGUUUUGAUAUCCUGUUAUUUAUAAUGAUGAUCAUAUUGGCUUUGUUGUUUUUGAUUUUACAAAACUGUUGUGAUGUUUUACAAAGACUGUGUGACAUAAAAUAUACUGAGAAGGUAUACUAAGAAAGUAUAGCAGAUUGUGCAUCAUUCCGUCCUACUGUAUUUUGUUGAUAUUUUGUGGGAUUUUUACUGUUGGCCAAAUUAAGUUUCAUGCAUUUCAUUUGUGUGGUUAAUUUUGUAUAUCAUAUUUUGAUGGUUUUAUCCCAUAUGAUCAUGUUUGUCUGUUGAAGCUGCAGUUUUUGACAUCUGAUUAAAACCAUUCACAAGUUUCUCCAUCAUUCACAUUUGGAGUGCCUUAUUUUGCAGUUUUAUUUUAACGACUAGAUGGAAUGAUAUGUUCUGAAAUUAAUUUUAAAUCAGACAUUGCAUUUUGAAAAAAUACAAAUCUCUUAGUGCUAUGAGUAAUACACUUUAAUAAAAGCAGGGUUCAAAAUGUGUCAAGCCUUCAAAGUAAUUACAGUAUUAAUUACAACCAAACAGUGUACCGGUAUUUAUAAUAAUCCAAUUUUUACACCCAACAUAUUUAUGCCAAAGUAUUACUUUUGUUCAUGUUUUUGUUUUACAAUCAUUGUCUGUGAUAUAUUUGAUUUGUGCCUGUCCCUUGAGAGUCUAAAAAUGUUCAUAGAAAUACAAGAAAACCUAAAAACACUAUGUUUCAUGAUAGUUGAUGAGGGAAUGCAUUUGUUUAGAUUUAAAAGAAUAUAGGAGUGCUUCAGAGGUAAAAAAGAUUCAACUGGUGACCGUUAUUUGGGCUUUUAGAAGCAAGACUAGUUUAAUCCUUAGUCAAUGUGAUAUUUUUGUUAUAGUGUUUUAUCAGUUAAUAAGAUUGUAUAUAAUGUUGUGAUUGUUACUUAUAAUAAUGUAAUAAAACAUACACAUCCUG